AUGCACAAGAUUUGGCAAACAAUCCAUAGAAAGACCAACAAAUACGGCGAUCACGAAGAUCCGUUCCUAUUUAGUGGUUCAAUAAGGGAUAAUCUGGACCCUCGAAGUCAAUACACCGAUAAUGAGAUCUGGCAUUCGCUCAAAGAAUGUCAUUUGGAGUCUUUAGUCUUAAGUCUCGGAGGUUUGAGUGCAAACAUAAGGGAAAGGGGAGGAGACCUGAGUUGUGGCCAAAGACAACUUCUCUGUUUGGUGAGAGCUUUGCUCACUAAGACAUCAGUACUUUGUGUCGAUGAGGCGACCGCUAGUAUUGAUGCCAACACUGAACAACUGAUUCAACAGACGCUGACAAAUGUGUUCAGUUCUGCGACCGUUUUGUUUAUCGCCCAUAAGAUUGAAUCGGUUCUCAAUUGUCACCGAAUUAUUGUUAUGAACGGCGGAAGGAUUGCCGAAAUGGGUUCACCCGAUGACCUCAUGAGGAACUCUGACUCUAUAUUUUAUAAUCUUUAUAAUCGAUGAAACAUUUUUAUAUCAUAAACAAAUCUGAACUCAAUUUUUGCACUAUUUUUGUGUUUUAAUUUAAUUAACGAAC